UCCCCGCCGGGCACUCGCCAGCCCCGAGGGGUCCCCGCGCCUCCCGCGGCCGCUCCGGGGGCGCCGCUCCGAGAUGUCCCCGCCCGGGGGUCGCCGCUGUCCCCCGGCGCUGCUGGCGCUGCUGCUGGGCCUGGCUGGGAGCCGAGGAUCCCGGGAAUGCCAAACCCGAGCGGUGACCGCGGGAGGAUCGCUGUGUCUGGUGCCGGAGGAACCCCCGCGGGAGUGGACCCAGGUCAAAUGGGUAGUGAAAACUGAUUCAUCAACGCGGCAGCAGAUCCUGAGGGCCACCAAGGAUGGAGUUUUCUUCUAUCCCAGAGAUCCUCUCCAUGGGAGAGGGAAAUUCCAGCGGGAAAACCUCUCCCUGUGCAUCUCCCCGGCUCACAGAGCAGAUAACGGGGUCUAUAAGUUCGAGGUCGAGAAUUCCUCAGGGUUUUUCUCUCAGUGCUUCCGAGUGUCCGUGUGGGAGCCCAUCGCGCAGCCGGAGCUGAGAUCCCAAAUCCUGCAGCGGGAUCGGGGCUGGUGCCGCCUGGCCCUGCUCUGCUCCAGCCCCGGGAACGUCUCCUACAGCUGGGCCUGUGCCGGGGCUGCGCCGGGGGAGGUCCCGGGGGAGAUCCCGGGGGAGAUCCCGGGGGAGAUCCCGGGGAUCCCCUCCCGCCUGAUCCGGAGGCUCCCCGAGGGCGCGGAACCCCAAAUCUGCCUCUGCAACGUCAGCAGCCCCGCGGGGUGGAGCGCGGCCCGCGCCCAGCUCACCUGCCCAGGAAUUCCAGGGAAUUUCAGCCGCUGGACCCCGCUGGCCGUGGCCGUGGCCGAGGGCCUGAUCCUGCUCCUCGUGGGCAGCUGCUGCUGGUGGAGGGAGAGGAGGAAGAAUUCCCGGGAAGGAUAACGGGGGUUACAGGCGCCUGGGCUUCCCAAAUCCUGCCGGCCACCAGCGCCCCUAAAACCCCGGAAUUCCCAUCCCUGUGGAAUUCUUCUCCUGGAAACUCCAGCGGCCACUGGGAUCCCACCCCAUGGAAUAGAAAUAUCCAGAAAUCCGGGGCUUUUCGCCCAAGAUUCACCCCCCAGCUGUGCCUCGGAGCGAAGAUUUGGGGAUGGGAAACUCCGGAAGGGAUUUGGGAUUGGACAGGCGGGAUGGGCGGGGAGUGGGAAUUUUGUGGGGUUUUAGGGCUUGGAAAGUUUGGGAAUCCUUUUUUAUUUU